AUGGAUUCAGAGGGAGAAUCGCCAAUGACGUUUAAAUCGGCGAUGGAAUCCAGUGACGCAGUCAAGUGGAAAGAAGCGUGCGACUCAGAAAUGAAAUAUCUUUGCAAAACCAAGACCUGGGACCUCGUACCACUACCAAAAGGCCGUAAAGCAAUCGGUAAUCGAUGGGUCUUUCGAGUCAAGGAGAAUCAGGCCGGGGAAGUCGAGCGAUUCAAAGCGCGCUUAGUGGCCAAAGGUUUUUCUCAGAAGCGUGGUAUUGACUACGAUGAGACCUUUGCGCCCGUGGCCAAGUUCACGUCAAUCAGAAUUUUGUUGAGCCUGGCAGCCAAGUAUAGCUUGUCGGUACACCAAAUGGAUGUCAAGACGGCGUUUCUCAAUGGACUCCUGGACGAAGACAUUUACAUAGUGCAACCAGACGGUCACGUCGAUGAAUUUCACCCGGACUUUGUUUGUCAUCUUAAGCGCUCCCUGUAA